AAUAUUCUUGAAGAACCUGUCAACCCAAAAGUGCGGGCUGCUUCAGCUUUAAAACAUGAGUUUCAGGAACUGCACGUGACUUGCCCUGAUGGACUGACCAUCAAAUAUUUCCUGCAGGGUUCAGCAGGUGUUGGGCCCGACUCCCCCGAUGCCAGGCAUCUGUUGGUGAGACAAAGUUAUCCGUUUAAAACCAGUGGCGUACAAAGCUGUGAGAGCAUUCGCAACAAGUACAUUCAGUCAGAGGUAUCUCGAGUCAUCACUGCUGAUGGUCAUGUGAUCAAGAACAUGGUGGAUGGGUCGGUAGAGGUCUUAGGUUCAGAUGGUACCAUUAGUGUCUUUACAGGGGCCUGGAAUUAUGGCAUGCAUGAAUCAGCAGCUGAUGGUCAAAAACGUACAUCUAGAGCUAAGAGAUUACAUAAAAGCAAGCCACAGCAUGAUUCUGCAGAACAUUCUAAGACUCCAGCUGCUAACUGGACAAUAACCUACCCUAAUGGUGAACGACUCCGGAUGGCCAAGGACACAGGAAAUAUUGUGGAACUCCCCUCUCUACCUGUAUGUGUUGCUUGUGAUCCUGAGACCAAACAGAUUAUGUGUACUCGGGAUGACCAAGUGAUUGUAAUUACCUACCCUGAUGGCGGUACUAUUGUUGAGCAUGCUGAUGGCACACGUAUAAGUACCUACUACAAAGACAUUACUGUUCUAGAUGAAGGUACUACAAACAGCUACAUUCAAACAAUGAAGUUCAUCAAAGUGGAGUGUCCUGCUUUUGCCACGGUUGAAUUCAACACUGCUACCUCUGAGAACCUCACUGUUUUUGGCAAUGGAACUAACAUUAAUGUCUUUCCUGAUGGUUACUAUAUGUUUCACCACAGUAAGGGUGGUAGAAUUGAGAUUGACACAGAGGGCACAAUGACCUACUUUCCACAACGCAACCACUUUCAAGAACAGCAAGAUUCAGGCCAUGACAAGCAGUAUGUUAUUCGUCAUAAUGCUGAUAUUAUUGUAGAGACUAUCGACCCAAAUGGAAACGUAUUUAAUGUGCGUUCGAAUGGAGAAACCAUUGUCAUUCCAGCUGUGUUAGAGGAUUUAUAUUCUACAAAAUCACGUCUCAAAGCAGAGCUGAUGCCCUCUCACGACAACCAUGCACCAAGAUUCUUCAUUGUCCAUGAUGACUGCAGUGGCACAGAACUUCUUCGCUAUGAAGAUGUCGCUGAGUAUCUCAGCAUUACUGUUUUAAAGCCAUUUCUUUCUGGCAUCUCCGAGAAAUGGCUUAAAAAGUAUGACCAGGAAUGUAUUGUGCCUCAAGGUUUGAGGUGCCGUGAUCUGAAAACAAUUCCAGCAAAAGAGUACAAGAAACCUGGACCUGUGUUUGGAACAAAUGUUGGAAAAGGUCUCAACAUAGGCAUAGACAUCAAGGCUCCUGCAAAAAUACCAAUUCUAAAGUGUCCAGAAAAACUGGAGCUGAGGCAUUUACUGCAGUUUCAACCAGUCACAGAAGAUCUGAGGCAGAAGUUACUGUCUGCACUUCGUGAGUUUGCUUCUGAAGUUUUGGCCAGAAUGCAGACAGAGAGUUUACUGUCCAUUGAAGACCCACGCUCUCAGGAAGAAAAACAGAUAUCACAGGAGCUAAAGGUGUUGGCAGAGGCCUUUAAACUUGGAGCUAAAAAAUAUGAAACACAACAUUUGAGGUCAGUUUAUGAGCAGGCAGUUACCCCUCCUCCUCCCUGUCCACCUUCAAAACCAAUACCCAAGCGAGCCAAACCUGUUCUGGAACAAGACAGAAGAGAGAAUGAAGAUAAGGAGGCACGAAUGAUCAUUAGAAAGUCAAUAUUUGAACCGUACUUUGAGAGUGAACUUGGCCAAGUUUUCUUUGAUGAAAUGGCACGUGCGUUAGAUGAUGGCACACAGAACAAAAACAUGGACAGUGAGGCUAACAGAUCUGCUUCACGUGAUCCAAAUGACAUAAGGCACAACAACUCUUCAGUUUUAUUUGCAGAUAUCAAGAGAAAUGAUCGUCAGAAUCUGUCCUUACAGCAUGGGUAUGUGAAUAGUAGAGAUACAGAGAAAACACAAAUACAACCUCCCAAAUACAGUGCCUUUUCAGGAAAAUCAGAACCAGUAUUAGCAGAUUACCUAAAGAAAGAAAACCAUAAUCUUGCAAAACAUGAUGACCGUGCAAAUGAUGCAUCUGCAAAGAAAAAAGAACAUCUGUCACCACGGCCUACCAAAUACAAUGGACCUUUGGAAAAAUCAGUUCCAGUAUUCGCGGAUUAUCUGAAAAAACAACUUGAGAAACUUACGGAGCUUGGUGAACAUGGGAAAGAAAUAUCAAAGCCUCAGUCGAAUUUUCAAUUUACAAAUCCAGAACAACAGAAGCCUGUGGCAGUUUUAGAGAAAAAAACACAAAGGCAACCGUUUUCUUCAAUUGAUAAAGCAGUCUUGACAAAAAGUAUGGUGCCAGGCAAGAAUAAAUACUCAAGGAAGCCAACAUAUGUGACCAAUUCUGCUGAAAAAGAAGCAACAG